UUAGUAUAUUGAUCUCUGAUUCUUGAAAGGAAUUGGGCUCUCAUCUCUCUCUGUAACAUCUUCUUCGAACCCUACCAAAUCACCAUCAUCUUCACUCUCAUCCACAUCGUUAACCACCGCUCACUCCGUUCUCACCCACCAUGGCUUCCCAAUCGGUCUUUUAACACUAACGGCGUCAUCAUAUUCACCAAAUUUGCUCUAAAACCUAACUGUCAGUUGAAACUGAACCUGCUGUAUUCACCAAAUCGAUUGAUCAGAACCAGAAUUGUACAGAAUGGGAGGGUGUUUUUCCGACGUCAGCGGAGGAAAAGAGGCCGUCGGCGGUGACGGUGGUGGUGCUGUGGUCAUAGCCUACAAUAUCAAAGAGGUCUGAGUAGCAACGUGGUUGUUAGUUCAUCCAGUACGGCGGUAACGGAUGAGGCUGCUGAUCACUUCUAUCUGUCCAAAGGUCUUCAACCGCUAUACACUCGAAUUGAGGGUCUAGUGUUUGUAAAUGGUGGCUCUAACCAACAAUUGGCGUUUGUGAUGCAUCACCCCUACCAAGAGAAUCCACGUUCCAAGCACCAGUUGACAUCGGCGAAAAUUUGUGUUCUACAAUUCUUUUGUUCCAGGAAUCCUGCAGAAAAGGGAUUGCAGGGUAGAAAUUUAUACCUGGCUAAGGCAUGGUUUAAUAGUUCCCAACCAAUGGCGAGAAGUUGUUCAUCAGAAUUAAGGUUGCAGGAGCUAUUGUUAUAUUUGAGGUGCAAAGAAGUGCUAGAUCAGAAGUUGAAAAAAAAGAAAUCCGUAAGCGUAAAAUUAAGGCUCUCUCAUUCCGUCCCAUUUGAGAAAAUGAUAGUUCUUGAUCUAUUUGCUGAUGUAAAUCAUCAUCUCAAUUUUAUGGCGCGGUGCCCUCUAUACAUGGUUUGAGGAACACCACGGAACAACACUCAAAAUGGCCCUGCUAUCCACCAGUGCUUCAUGAGCCAAAAUUCGGCGUAGUGGGUACAUCAUAUGACCAAAAUUCGGCCACUCAUGUUGGGUGAACGGAGAUGAAGUAAAAAAGUUACAAAUAACGGUGAUGGAAAUUGGCAAUGUGACAGGAUUCAUCAGACAGUUAAUGAAAACUAAACAAAUAUUCUUUAGUUACAAAAUACAAGACUAAACUGGUUUAACAUGGCAACUGCAUUUCAAGAAACGAGGGAGGACAUAAUGGGAAUUUCUGCCAAAUAUCUGUAUUAAAUAAAAGAGCAAGACGAAGAGAGAUUUACAUAAUUGUAAGGAAUGUUAUUUAUAAUAAGUAUAAUUUAAGUUAAAGGUUAAAGAAGAGAGCUUCGUCGAUGAAGUUAAACAACGUGUGAAGUCAAAUGUUCUUAAAGUCGAGAAGAUAAAAGCUUCAUCAAAAACCAACUUUCUUCUCGAUAUGCUUAAAAAGGAGGACCCAAAGAUUAUUAUCCCAAUUGCUGCAUCAGCACCUAUGGGAAUUAAUAUGUUGGUUCUAGGCAUGGUGUUAGCUGCAACAAGUGUGGUGGUAUGGGUCAUAAUAGCUCUAUGAAUUAUCCAAGUGCGGUAAAUGGUUUAGUUGGACGAUUUAACAAUAUGCCUUCUACAUGUGGAAAUAUAUGCAUUGGGCUAAAGAUUAUCCUGGAGUGACUAAUGUCUCUAAAGCUUAUGGUGGAGAAGAUGUGUCACUGGGAAGAUAUGAGAUUGCUUCUGGUCAGUAUGUUGGUGGUUAUUGACUUUGAGGUUUAAACUCACAUUACACACGCUAAUAAUGUAAAUAGUGCUUUAUUAGUGAAAUUUUCCUCUUAUAAUUACAGGUUUAUUGUCUAUUUUUGAUGUGUAAGUUUGUUGAGACGACUAUAUAUUGCAGAUUCUUGUAGCAAUAGAAGGCCAGUUGUCUCAGUUUUGGGUUUGACUUUCAUAUCUUUGAUUCGUUUAGUUAUGUGUCAAUGGGCCAAAUAGUUUAGUUUGAGACGAA